AUGGAUGUUGUUGCUUCCACUUCGAAUUCCCCAAAAGAAAAUCCAUUCCCGUUUCAAUGUCCUACCCUUACCUCUUCAAACUACACAACAUGGGCUAUUAAGAUGGAGGCCAUUAUGGAUGCCCAAGGGUUAUGGGAAUCCAUAGAACCACAAGCCGGGGUGGCUGUGGAUGAGAAAAAGAGCAAGACGGCCCGAGCCUUCAUCUUUCAAGCAAUACCGGAGGAGAUCCUAUUGCAAGUUGCGAAAAAGAAAACAGCCAAAGAAGUGUGGGAAUCAUUGAAGACAAGGUUUGUCGGAGCGGAACGGGUUCAAAAGGCUCGCUUGCAUACGCUUAAAAGUGAGUUCGAGUCGAUGCGAAUGAAAGACGGAGAGUCCAUUGAUGAUUAUGCCGGAAAGUUAUCCGGUAUGAUCUCGAAGUACAACAGUGUGGGUGCCGUUUUAGGGGACGAAGAAUUGGUAAGGAAGUUGCUUGAUACCGUCACGGAUAAGUACAUUCAAUUGGUGGCCUCAAUGGAACAAUAUUCAGAUGUCGAAAAGAUGCCGUUCGAAGAAGCCAUAGGGAGCUCUACCGGUGAAAGCUCGUUACUCUUUACGAAGGCGGAAGGGGUAUCAAACAACAGAGGGUUUAAUAAACACGGUUCCGGGCGUGGUCGUGGGCAUACAGGUGGUGAUAGGGGUGGAAGAAGUGGCUCACGCGGGGGUCGUGGGUCUAGUCGAGGUCGGGGUGACCGUCAUGGAGGAAGAACACAUCACGAAGGAGACACUUUUCAUCGUAAGUCACGAGAUAAGAGUCACGUGAAGUGUUUCGAAUGUAAUCAAUAUGGCCAUUAUGCAUCAGAGUGUAAGGCUGAAAAGAAGUCAGAACCAGAAGUGCAUUUGACAAGAGAUCCGGAUGAUGAACCCACAUUACUACUUAGUGUUUGUGGUGAAGAAAACAACAAAAUGGUUUUGCUCAAUGAGGAGAAGGUGUUUCCCAAGUUACAUGAGGACCGAAAUGAUCUCAACAAGAAUAUAUGGUAUCUCGAUAACGGAGCGAGCAACCAUAUGACUGGAAGAAAAGAUGCAUUUGCUGAAUUAAAUGAAGGUGUAACUGUCACACCCCGAUUUUCGGUUUGUGCGGAAGCGUAUGGCGAGGUGUGA